AUGCUUCGCCGUCAAGCCCGUGAACGUCGAGACUAUCUCUAUCGGAGAGCUCUGCUUCUCCGCGAUGCCUCUAUCGCCGAAAAACGAGCCCAGCUGAAGGCUUCGUUAGCCUCCGGAAAACCGCUUGAUCCCUCCAUCGCAGACGAUAAACAACUGCGCGAAGACUUCAAAUACGAUGAAUCAUUAAACCCCGAGGAUAGGCAGAACAAGGAGUCGGACCUGUUGGAUCUGGAUGAUGAAUACGCCCUCACCUCCGGGAUUGUCGAUCCUCGCCCUAUCGUCACUACUUCUCGCUCUCCUUCCGUUCGUCUGGGCGCAUUUGCCAAGGAAAUCCGUCUGCUUCUUCCUACCUCCAUUCGCCUGAACCGUGGAAACCUCGUUCUCCCCGACCUCAUGUCCAGCGCAAAUGCCGCGGCACUGACCGACAUGAUUCUUCUUCACGAGCAUCGUGGAACUCCCACUGCCAUGACCAUCUCGCAUCUUCCUCAUGGACCGACCGCUAGCUUUUCCUUGCACAACGUCGUUCUUCGUGCCGACAUCCCCAACUCCGCCCGUGGAACCGUCUCAGAAAGCUACCCUCAUCUGGUCUUCGAAGGGUUCAAAACGAAAUUGGGUGCUCGCGUUGUCCAAAUCCUCAAGCAUCUCUUCCCUCCUCGUGAGGGCGGAAAGAUCGGCAACCGUGUCGUCAGCUUCGUCAACAAGGAGGAUAGUAUUGAGGUGCGACACCAUGUUUUUGUCAAGACAGGGUAUCGGGACGUUGAGUUGGCGGAAGUCGGGCCGCGGAUGACAAUGAGACUCUUCGAGAUCCGAGGAGGAUCGCUAGAGAAGGGCUCUAGCGGCGAUGUUGAAUGGGCUCUUACGCAAUACACCCGGACCAGCAAGAAGAAGGAUUACCUUUAA